AUGUUUUGGGGUAUCUUUCUCUUACCCCUUUUAAGACUUUCGGAGGACGGAAAAUAUUGGCCGCAGACGCAUCAACGAAACCGCAUUGGACUGCCUGCCUCUGACAGCUUUAAGCGGACCGCUGUCCAUGACUUUUUACACGGUCUUCGCAUCCCUAUGUUUUCGCGCGGCAGUCCGUGUCUGAGAAGAAGCAAAAUUUCCUCCUUCUUGGACCGUGUUGCGGUUACCCCGACGGACGAGCCUUUGCACUUUCUCUACCCUCGCUGGUUCGCCUCAGUUUUACAGCAGAAGCCAUAUUCUGCCUCUCGAGCUACGAAAGGCGUCCAUGACCCCGAGAAGCGUCAUUACUCGCACGCCUUGCGGCCUCGUCGACUGUCUGUUCACGCUACCUCACAGCGAUGGCUCUCGUCAUCCAGAUAUAUGAGCAGCGCUGGUUCUGCUCAGGCACAGCUUGACCUGAAACCUUCCAGUUCAAUGUCGCUGCGGAAUGUUGACCCGACGAACGUGACCGGGGACUAUGGCCAACAAGAAACGCACGAUGUGCGGGAUGGGGGUCACGGUCUUUUGCGGGGGAACACGCCGGUAUCAGACGUCGACAAGGACAGCAAGUUGACUACUAGCCCUCCGCGUUCGGAAGCCGUUUUAUUGCCCAGUGCCGACUCGUCUCCCAAUUCGAUUCCGAUCCGAAGGCUUAGAGCUAGUAGGAGAAAGCCGUCGAGUUCCGUGUUGUUGAGACGGGGAUUGGUUCCUAACCUCAGUUUCCAGGAGAAAGCGCUGCGCUUAGUGAGGCAUCUAUCUGGAAGGGACUUGAUGAAGUUCAGAUAUCGCAAGCAUGUACUUCGAUGGCGUCGCGCCACCGGAAAACAGCUGCCUUCCGCCCACUGGACCGAUAUAAUGGUCCUUUUGGAGAGCAUGGCCCAAGAAACUCAUGUGUGGCCCAAGUCAACGAAGCAUAAAGUUCUGCAUGUACCAGAGGAGACAGUUUCACUCUUGUCUGGGUCCACAGACCUGCAGGAAAACAUUUGGUACAUGUCGAUCCGUAAUGGCUGUCGGAUUCAUGUGUUGGACGCUGCCGAGAGCGAAGGUCCGCAUCGAAAGGUUGUCUUGUCCGGAUCUGACCUGGCGAUCGAACUGGUGGAGAAGGAAAUAUGUCGAGUGCAAGAACGUCAGGCUCGCGGUGAAUUCGACUUAAAAAAGCCCAUCGCGCCCAUCAUUCCAUCUGUUACCGCACUGCAGCAGAAGGGCUUGCCUGUUCCAACAAUCCGCGGGGUGUGGAGCGGGACAGAUGCACAACCCGUCUCCAUCUCUUUUCAUAAUCUCCCCAGUCCAAAGACUUUGAGUGUCAGAAAAUUCGCUGAAUAUGUGAGAGCUUUGGUCAAUUCUCGUCCGCCUCGCGACCAGCAACCCAAAUACGAACAUAGGUACAAAGUCCGAGACACCAUCGAAAGACUUUUUUCGAGGGAAGCCAAUCAGAAAUUCGUCUCGACUAACGCGUUGAACACGGCCCUUGACUAUCUCUGUAGAAAUGAGUUCCUCCGGUCUGCGCGCGUCAUCCUCUCCAGAAAUGAAGCCGUGGCGUCUGCAGAGACUUACAACAUCCUCCUCCAGUCCGCUGCCAAGAGACAGGACCAGUACUUCUUUCGCUACAUCCUGGCUUCCAUGUCUCGGUUCCAUGUUCGACCUAACGCGCAGACCUGGCUUGCUUAUAUUCAAUGCCUCAUCUCACCGACCCCCAAAGCACAUGCGAUGCAACGUAUGAUGGAUCUCGGGUAUCUGGAGGAUCGAAGGGCUCUUGAGGAUGUAAUCCAAGCCAAUGUCAGCCAUAUGUUGUCUGAACAUCUUGAUAGUGGCCAAGACGUCCAUAGUUUUAUCCGGUUCCUCGAAGAAGAAUAUUCCCGCGGGAUUUUGUCGACAGUGCUGCUUAACCUGAUGCUGGAUACGGUCGUAACGAGGAAAGACCUUAAUGCUAUGAAGCAGCUUGUCGAUUGCUUCAAACAGCGACAGAUCUCUAUCAACAACGCCACUCUCAACCACGUGAUUCGAUACUUUCGUGAUAUUGACAAGGCCAUGUCGUUCCUGUUCCAACACGUCAAGCUCCCACGAUACCCUUUCGACGAGAGCAAUUUCGAGACGCUGUUUUUGCGUGCAUUUAAUUACGGAGGCUAUAAUACCUGCCGUGUCCUCUGGAGGUAUGCAUGCAUGGAAGGGGCAACUAGCGGGAAGAUGAGGCAGAUGGUCAGGGCUUCCCUCAUGGGACAUGUGUCAGGAAGCAGGGAAAGCUCUCGACUUGACGUAUGGCGGCAGAGCGUUGGGAAAGUCGUCGUUGGUCUGGAGUACCACCAGGCUGACAUCAAGCCCUCCCCCGUUUUGCAGAACAUGGUUCCUCCUCGGUAUGCGGACAAUCCUGUUCUGUAUCUGCUUGGGUCGCAACCGCUUGGAGAGAGGCGAAAAGCCAUAGCCAGAGCGCUGGUUAAUCACGACGUCGAAGUCGGAAAACAACUCGAGCCUGUGGAGCCGUUGGAGUUGAUGUUGGACGCAGCAUUGGUACUGGACCGUGAGUGGAGAAGGAAUGAGGCCCGGCCCUCGUCCACUAUAGAUGUCCUCAAAAAUGCCAUACAUAUCCCAGUGCAGAAGAGGGAAGGGCGCAAACGUCCUUCCGGCUACAGUCUAAUUCCGACUUAG